AAUAGUCGGUCAUUAGUACGGGGUGUGAAACCAUAAAUUGCAGCUCAAAAUUCGUACAUUUGCUGCCGCCUAGCUGCAACUUGAGUCGGGAUAAAUGACUCCAGCAAAAGUUUUGCUCGUUAUUUUUGGUAUUAUCCAGUGCGGAUAUGCCGGUGAAGCCGAUGUGCUGGAACUUACUGAUAGCGAUUUCUCAACUCGGAUAGGACUUUACGACACGGAAACUACACUGGUUAUGUUUUUUGCUCCAUGGUGUGGCCAUUGUAAAAAGUUAAAACCCGAAUACGCCAAACCAGCCGAGUUGUUGCGUAGCGAAGACCCCCCGAUUACGCUUGCCAAGGUUGAUUGUACUGAGGGAGGCAAAGACACAUGUAGCAAGUAUUCGGUAUCGGGUUACCCCACGUUGAAAAUGUUCAAGAAUGGCGAAGUUUCACAGGAAUAUAAUGGUCCACGUGAGGCAAAUGGUAUCGCAAAAUACAUGAAAACUAUGGUCGGACCAGCGUCCAAAGAUCUAUUGACUUUGGAUGCCUUCGAGGCUUUCCUAAAAGUGCAGGAGACCACCUUGGUAGGUUUCUUACAAAAAGAGUCCGAUCUCAAAGGCGUGUUCCUGAAAUAUGCAGAUAGUCAGCGAGAACGACUACGAGUUGGUCAUAGCAGUGCUCAAGAUGUCCUGGAAAAGCAAGGUGAAACCGAUGCCAUUGUCCUAUUUCGGGCUAAGCAGUUUGCAAACAAAUUCGAACCAGACUUUGUUAGGUUCGAAGGCAAGACUAAGAAUGAUUUGAGUACCUUCGUCAAGGAAAACUUCCACGGACUGUGCUGGGUUCGGACCCGGGACACCGUAAACGACUUUAAACCCCCGAUGGUCGUUGUUUAUUAUGCUGUAGAUUACAUCAAGAACCCGAAUGGAACUAACUAUUGGCGCAACCGCGUGUUGAAGGUCGCCAAAGAAUUUGUCGGGCGAGUCAGCUUUGUUGUUAGUGCCAAAGAUGACUUCCAGCACGGGUUGAAUGAGUAUGGCUAUGAUUACGUUGGAGACCAACCAUUGGCGCUAGCUCGUGAUGCUGAAAACCAAAAGUUCAUCAUGAAGGAUGCAUUCUCAGUUGAAAAUUUGCAAGCUUUUGCAACCGAGCUGGAAUCAGGCAAUUUGGAACCUUAUGUCAAAUCGGAACCUGUGCCAGAGAGUAAUGAUGCUCCGGUGAAGGUAGCUGUUGGCAAAAAUUUCCAAGACGUCGUAGUGAAUAAUGGCGUCGAUACACUGAUGGAGUUCUAUGCCCCAUGGUGUGGCCACUGCAAAAAGCUAACACCGGUGUACGAAGAAUUGGCUACUAAACUAAAGGACGAGGAAGUUUCUAUUGUUAAGAUGGAUGCUACUGCCAAUGAUGUGCCGCCAACGUUCGAUGUUCGCGGUUUUCCAACUCUUUAUUGGUUACCGAAGAACAAGAGUAAUCCCAUGCGCUAUGAAGGCGGUCGCGAAGUAGAAGACUUCAUCAAAUAUAUUGCUCAGCAUUCCACUAAAGAACUGAAGGGGUGGGAUCGCAAAGGUAAUGUAAAGAAAGUAGAGUUAUAAUCUCGUAGGUACGAAAAAACAGGGUAGGUAAUCGGAAAUUAAGUGCGAAAGCAAAAAUCGCACCCCAAAGUACAUCAUUUAU